AUGUCUGCUCUUAAGUUUCUGCAGUUGGCCUUCGUAACCGCCUGCGUUUGCUGGACAUUAGGUGCUGCAGACAGUAAGCUCCAGCCGUUGGACGGCGGUGGAGGCUACGAUGAUGAUCAGCCGGAGCACGUACCUCUGGACCGAGGGCCGUACUUUGACAUAACAGCAUCUAAAAAUGUUACCGCCCUAGUUGGCAAAAGGGCGCAUCUUAACUGCCGAGUACAUAACCUAGGAAAUAGAACGGUAUCCUGGGUUCGGCAUCGUGACAUCCAUUUGCUAACUGUGGGUCGCAUGACCUACACAUCUGACCAGCGGUUCCAAACAGUUCACAAUCCGCAGACGGAGGACUGGACGUUACAAGUGAGAUUUCCUCAAAAGCGUGAUUCUGGAAUUUAUGAAUGUCAAGUGUCAACUACUCCUCCAAUUGGACAUUCAAUGUAUUUAUCAGUAGUUGAACCCAUAACGACGAUAGUGGGCGGACCGGACAUGUACAUAAACACCGGAAGCACUGUGAAUCUGACGUGCGUUGUCCAGCAUUCGCCUGAGCCGCCGCCCGCAAUAUUCUGGACGCACAACACACAGGACAUAAACUACGAUUCGCCCCGCGGCGGCGUGUCGGUGAUAACAGAAAAAGGCGACAUAACGACGUCGUACUUGCUGAUACAGCGCGCCCGCGGCCCAGACUCCGGCAAGUACACAUGCAACCCGUCCAAUGCGAACCCGCAGACCGUAAUGGUGCACGUUCUCAAUGGCAAAUAUGAUUUCAAGAAACCAAUUUCUGAUAAUGUUUCAGUUAUUGAUCCUAAAGUAAAACCACUUGGAACAGUACCAUCUGUCUUACCAGCAAUGGCAAUGGCUUAA